UUGCUAUUUUUAUAUAAACACAGCAUUUUAAGAUGGAACCUGUCUAUUGAAAGCAUCCAUAGCACCAAGGAUGACAAAGGCAGCAUCAUCCCGUAAGGAUUCUAAGAAGAAAGUUCUGAAUCAACCAAAUAAAAAGAAUCCGGAGUACGCUACAGAAAAGCGCAAGUUAGAUGACAUAUUUAAAUCAUUACGUCACAAGUCAACAGUUCGUUCUCAGGAAGCUGAAACAGUAAGUCCUGUGACAGCAUCCACUGGCAAGGCAUCAUCAUCGGUUUCACGCUUAUCAAAGCCCAAGGAGACUUAUAAGCGAGUCGUCACUUCGGCGAAUAACAGGAAACACACGGAAGACAAUCUUCCUGUUUAUACCAUUGAGGAGCUUAACAUCGGUAAAGGAGGCAACACUUCACUAUGCCCGUUUGACUGUGACUGUUGCUAUUGAUGUCGACUGAAACUUUCUGUAUUUGAACUCUAUGUUCACAUAUAGAUGGGACAUUCGUAAGGUUUUAAC